AUGUCAAACUUGUCGGAGAAAAAGAUCAACUUGGCAAAAGGGGAGAGCAAUCCUAACACCAACGUGUCGAGUGUUUUGUGCAACAAUGGUGUCUACUCCGAAGGCAACCCCUUCGCAACCAGUCUUGCCUAUGUUAUAGCGGAGCUAGAGGCUGUUACACCAACCAUUCGAGGUUACGAUUACCACAAUAUUUCUCCUUACCCCAAUGCCUUUGCCUAUGGCCAUGCCGCUUGCAACAAAAACCUCACGGCCUCCGACUGCGGCACCUGCCUUGGGGCUGCCAAGAUGGCCAUGUUCGGGGCCUGCAACAGCCGGAUCGGCGCUCGGUCCAUCCUCGUUGACUGCACCAUUAGAUAUGAACAAUACCCUUUUAGUGACUAA